UCUCCCCCUCGUUCCGACAGAAAGAACCAAUCGCUGGGAACGUGCGUGUCGUGCGUGUAUGGUCUGUGCUAGCCCCGUGGUCUAGCCCACCCCCAGCUCCCCUGAUGCGGUAAACAGCGCACAACGGGUGAAAUACGCUCGCGAUUAUAUAAAAAAUAGAACCGUACGCUGCGGACAUAGUGCGAAAACCGGAAAAUCCCGCAGCAACAUCAGCGGACGCGGCACUUGCGAAAAUACUCCACCAACCACUGACCCGACUGGAAGCAAGUGAUUUCCGUGUGCCGAAAGCCGAAUCCCCUGCAGAAGACUACUACCAGACACCCCAGAGAAGCAUCAUCAGCCUCAGAAUGCCGCAGCAGAAGACAAACGGACACAGCGGAGCCUCCAACGGCUGCAACGGCAGCAACGGCAACUCCUACGACAUGGAGGAUGGCCAGACAUUCCUCUUCACCUCCGAGUCCGUCGGCGAGGGACAUCCAGACAAAAUGUGCGACCAGAUCAGCGACGCUAUUUUGGACGCCCACCUGAAGCAGGAUCCCAACGCCAAGGUGGCGUGUGAAACCGUGGCGAAGACGGGCAUGAUUCUGCUCUGCGGCGAGAUCACAUCCAAAGCCGUGAUCGACUACCAGAAGGUGGUGCGCGAGACAGUCCAGCACAUCGGCUACGACGACUCCUCUAAGGGUUUCGAUUUCAAAACGUGCAACGUGCUCCUGGCAUUGGACCAACAAUCGCCCGAAAUCGCGGCCGGAGUGCAUGUGAACCGCGCCGAGGAAGAGAUCGGUGCCGGAGACCAGGGCAUCAUGUUCGGCUAUGCCACCGACGAGACCGAGGAGUGCAUGCCCCUCACCGUCGUCCUGGCCCAUAAACUGAACGAGAAGAUCGCCGAGCUGCGCCGCUCAGACGUUUUCUGGUGGGCCCGUCCCGACUCCAAGACACAGGUCACCUGCGAGUACCUCUUCAACCAGGGAUCGGCGGUGCCCAAGCGCGUCCACACCAUUGUGGUGUCCAUGCAGCACUCUGAGAAGAUUUCCUUGGAGACCCUGCGCUCGGAGGUCAUGGAGAAAGUUGUGAAAGUCGUCAUUCCCGCCAAAUACAUUGAUGCCAACACCAUCGUGCACAUCAAUCCCUGCGGCCUGUUCGUCAUCGGAGGCCCCAUGGGCGACGCCGGCCUCACCGGCCGCAAGAUCAUCGUCGACACCUACGGUGGUUGGGGCGCCCACGGCGGCGGCGCCUUCUCCGGCAAGGACUUCACAAAGGUCGACCGAUCGGCGGCCUACGCCGCUCGCUGGGUGGCCAAGUCCUUGGUCAAGGCCGGCCUCUGCAAGCGCUGCCUCGUCCAGGUCUCGUACGCUAUCGGUCUUGCCGAGCCGCUGUCCAUCACCGUUUUCGACUACGGCACGUCCCACAAGUCGCAGAAGGAGCUUCUGGACAUCAUCAAGCGCAACUUUGACCUCAGGCCCGGCAAGAUUGUCAAGGACCUGAACCUGCGCCAGCCCAUUUACCAGCGCACCAGCACAUAUGGUCACUUCGGACGCACCGGAUUCCCGUGGGAGGAGGCCAAGCAUUUGGAGAUCAACUGACUAGAACAGGACGCGACCCCUCUCCCGCUAUCACCACGUGCUAAGAGGUCGAGGCCCUCACCAACGCCAUCGGCAUCGGCUAUGUCAUCAUCGUCAACACCAGCAUCCGCAGAUACCGCAACAGCAACGUAAUUUUUAGUUUCGUUCUUUUUAAAGAUACCCCAAGUCGGCGAAGCUAGCUGCCACUCCUACUGGGCUUUCGAUUCCGCCUCCACCCGGUCCCAAUCCCCGGCGCACUUCGCCGUUUAAUUUAAACCCGGCUGCCUCGGGCAGCACUAGAUGUAGUCUUCAUACUACCCGCAUAUAUAUACUUAAUAGAGAGCUCCGCCACAAUUCGACGAGCUUUAGUUAUACAUUUAAAUAGUAUAGAAUCGUCGCUCAGUUCUGUUAUCACAAAACUAAACAAAACACAAAACUAAACAAGACAGAAACAGAAAUAUGAAAACGAAAACAUGUAAUUAGCCUGCCCCACACCUUCCGCGCAUUGUAAGUCCCUCUGGAAUUGUAAAAACUUAGAUGUCCUUUGCUUAGAAAUUACGCACCACUUCUCAUGUUUUAAAAUUGUAAACAUAUAUUUUUGUAUCUUUUACCAUUUCUGGUUUGUGUUGUCGAUUGUGCGUUGUGUAAGUGUUUAGCCAAAACGUUUUUAAACUCGAUUGUAUAUUACAUGCUGUCUUUGUAUUUUCUGUAACCAAUCAACCAUUUAAGAUAAUGUAUUUUCCUUUACAAAAAUAUAUUACAAAUACAGAUAAAAAGUUUGUAAUGCAUAAAA